AUGAUAAGUACCUACUCUUAUACCAAAAUAGGUGCAGCAUUUUAUGCGUUAGGCAUAGGGGCAUGUGCUUCGGAUGCUGUUGAUAAAGAAGAGCUCAAAUAUGUUUACCAUGAAAACAGUCAGAAGGCUAUCAAAGUCUUUCCUACAUUUCCUGCUUUGCUUACAUUGGAAUCAUUGCCCAAUGGUUUUGAUCUCCCGGGCUUGCAAUACGAAUCACGCCUUCUGGUGCACGGACAACAAUACAUAGAGAUGUACAAACCAUUUCCUUCAAGCUGUCAUGCACAAAAUAAAGUUAGUCUCGUAGGAUUGUAUGAUAAAGGCAAGGCAACAAUUUUAGAGAUUGAAACAAAAGGUUAUGAGAAAGAAUCUGGCGAUUUAUUAUGCGUGAACAUAUCAACAGUCUAUCUACGCGAUGCUGGUGGCUUCUCGAAGUCAUCAAAACUGUUUUCCUACUCAAAUUAG